AUGAUUUUUGCUAAUGAGGAUAAUUUUGAAAAAUAUGUUCGUGUGAUGGAGGAUUGUGAACCUUACUUAAAACUUAAAGAUAAAAAAUUAACGUGUUUAUGUGGAAUCCGAUUAAAAGCAAGAUUGGAUUUUGUACCUGUUCUUAAUGAAUUACAGUUAUUUUUUGUGUGUCGAACGGGUCAAUGUAAUUUCAAACAGUCUAUACCGCAAUUAAAGAUGUCCAGAAUUCGUUGCAUCUGUGAGAAAUUUUGUGAAAAAGAUGGCGAGAUGUACAAAUGCCCUCGAGGUGAAAAAGGCUGUGGAACAUAUUUUCAUGAACUUGAUUCAUUUACUUUUAUACACACAAUAAUAGAAAAAAUAGAGUUAGAGGAUAAUGCGUGGGCGUAUCUACCCAUGAAUGUUAAAACUUUAGAAUGUGGUAAUUAUGAUAUUAUUAAGUAUAAUAAUGAACAGAAACGAUUAACUUUAGUAUGUCGAGAUUUAUUUUGUGAUUGUAGUACAGAUGCUGUAAUAGCACCAGAAUUUAAAAUAGAAGAAUAA